GUGUCCAAAAAUGCAACCCUACUUUUAAAACGCAGGGUGGCAGUAAAGGGUCGCGCUGCCUGCCCGGUCUGUCUGUCAAUGAGAAACUCUGCGGAUAAAGUCCAAAUGAGAGGACCUGACCGCACGCCACGGCUCUUGUAGCUGACACACUUAAUGGUUUCAGUUCACACAUGGGAAUAACCACGUAACUACUGUCGCUGAGAGAAUUUCCUUCCCUGCUCUCACUUCCCCUGUCUUUGUGAGGGCAGCCGCCCUCAUGUCGGAGGGGCGGUAUCCUGGAGCUCGCCCCCUACUGUCGUCAGCACAAGCUUUAUAAACAGUUCGUGCCAGCCUGCACCAUAGACUUUGUGUUGAACCCGGCUCCACGAAUGACCGACACGCCCGGGAUACAACGCGGUUAUUAAUAAACAUGGCUACGGAAAGAUUUGAAAUGAACGGUGAUGCUGACCGAAACGGCGACACUGAGGUCCCGCUGCGAGGUCGCACGAGGAGGCAACCAGACAGACCGCUGAACAUGAACCAUUAUGCCAACAAGAAGAGUGCAGCGGAGAGCAUGCUGGAUGUGGCUCUACUGAUGGCCAAUGCCUCACAGCUGAAGGCCGUGAUGGAGCAAGGACCCGACUUCACCUUCUACGUGCCCCUCAUUACUCUAAUCAGCAUCUCCCUCAUCCUGCAGAUCAUAGUGGGGGUUCUGCUCAUCUUCAUAGUCAAAUGGAACCUGAAUGAUGAGAGCAUGCACUACAAGCUGAACAUCCUGGAGAACCUCGCCACAGCCUUUGUUUUCAUCAUUGUUGUGGUGAACGUCUUCAUCACAGCGUUUGGUGUCCAGCGGCCCCCUCCAAGUUCUUGAUCGCCUCUUACAUGACUCUGUAAAGAUGGACCUCUGCAUUAUUUGUGCAAAUGGAAAAGACAGUUAUUUAUUCACCAAGCUAAAUGGCAUGAAGGUGUACUGCCAUUCUGUAAUUCAACCUCGGGAGCUGGUCACUUGACACCCUGAGGAUCCGGUGACAUUGUGUGUGUGUGUGUGUGUGUGUGUGUGGGUUGGUGUGAGUGGGGGUUAGAGAGUUUCACUUCUCUAACCAUGUCUAUGGACAAAUGUGUGGUCCGUUUUAAUUUCAUGUGAUAAUUCACCAGUUUGUUAUCUCUUUUAAUGUUCAGGUUACUGAAGCAAUCAGCUUGUUGCCUUUACUUUUGAAACAAACUUAUCAGGAGCAAUAUGCUGUAUCUCAGUCACAACCAAUGUGAAUGUUUCAAAGACAUUCUGCUGUUUUGUUUUGUUUUUUAAGUUGGUCAGUACCAGUCUAAGCCUUAUGCCUACAUCUGUAGAUAAAAAAGAAAAAAUUGAAGUAACAGCAUAACCCAAACGAGUGACGAGGCAUUACAUGAUUUAAAAGCUUUAUUAUGGAGGGAUAUGUUCUGUCGACAGUGUUAUAAACAGCAACCAAUUUAUGAAGUGGAUCCUUUGUUUAUUUGGGUGCUAUGAAAAGUGUAGUGUGUAAAACUGAUUCAUUCAUAUUGUUACUAUUUAAUGUCUACAAAUGUAUCUCAAUAGCACGUUAUUUUUAAGCUUUUUUAUAACUUUUUUUUUUUUAAAGACCAAAACUUUUUCACACCUUUUAUGAUCUCGGAUGAUCCACUGUGAGCUUUAUAAAUAAAACAACAAAAGCAA